AUGUCAGGGGAGCCCGUUCCCGCUUCCAGCUACAGUUUUAUUCUGAGCAUUAGUGAAGAGGAAGCCAGGGUGAAGGCUUUGAACGAGUACCUGAGCACUCGUAGUUAUAUCCAGGGGUUCACAUUUUCACAUGCAGAUGUGGAGGUAUUCAGAAAGUUUUCGGGGCCACCUGUGGACCAGUAUAUCCAUGUUGUCCGGUGGUACAGACACAUAGAAGCAAUCUAUGAUGGCAGCAGUGAAAAAAAUGAGCCUUGUAAACUUCAAACAAGUAAAGGUAAGCGUGUGCAGCCCCCCUGGUCUCCCCCUGAAGGGACAAAACAUUCUAGGCUCUGCCUCUACAACAGCCUGACUCGCAAUAAGGAAGUAUUUCAGCCUCAGAAUGGAAAAAAGGUCUUGUGGUAUUGCUGUGGACCGACAGUUUAUGAUGCUUCUCACAUGGGACAUGCCAGGUCAUACAUCUCAUUUGAUAUCCUGAGAAGAAUCUUGAGGGAUUAUUUUAAAUAUGACAUUUUCUAUUGUAUGAAUAUUACAGAUAUUGAUGAUAAGAUCAUCAAGAGAGCAAGACAAAAUUACCUUUUUGAACGGUAUAGAGAGAACAAAUCAGCACCAGAUCAGCUACUUGAAGAUGUUAAAACUGCCUCAGAGCUCUUUUCAGUUAAAUUAAAUGAGACAACAGACCCAGAUAAAAAGCAAAUGUUGGAAAGAAUUCAAAAUGCAGUGAAGUCUGCUUUUGACCCUCUACAAGAAGCUGUGGAAGCGAAACUCCCUGCAGAAGAGAUCAACAGAUGUCACGAGAUACUGUUGGAAGAAGCCAAGGAUUUGCUGUCUGACUGGUUGGACACAAAAUUUGGCAGUCAGGUGACUGACAAUUCCAUAUUCUCAAAGCUCCCCAAAUUCUGGGAAGGGGAAUUUCAUAAAGAUAUGGAAGCACUCAAUGUUUUACCUCCAGAUGUUUUAACACGGGUUAGCGAAUAUGUGCCAGAAAUUGUGGAUUUUGUGAGAAAGAUUGUGGAUAAUGGUUAUGGGUAUGUGUCCAAUGGGUCUGUAUACUUUGAUACCAUGAAGUUUGAUUCUAGUGAAAAACACUCCUAUGCUAAGUUGGUUCCUGAAGCUGUAGGUGAUCAAAAAGCUCUUCAAGAGGGUGAAGGUGACCUGAGCAUCUCAGCUGAUCGCUUAAGUGAGAAGCAUUCUCCAAACGAUUUUGCUCUGUGGAAAUCCUCCAAGCCAGGCGAGCCCUCAUGGGACUCUCCAUGGGGAAAGGGUCGUCCAGGUUGGCACAUUGAAUGUUCCGCAAUGGCUGGAUCCAUUCUAGGAGAGUCAAUGGAUAUUCAUGGAGGAGGAUUUGAUCUCCGAUUUCCCCACCAUGACAAUGAACUGGCACAGUCUGAGGCAUACUUUGAAAAUGAUCACUGGGUUCGGUAUUUUCUGCAUACUGGCCACUUAACAAUUGCUGGCUGUAAAAUGUCCAAAUCUUUGAAGAAUUUCAUUACCAUAAAAGAUGCACUGAAGAAACAUACAGCACGACAGUUACGGUUGGCUUUCCUCAUGCACUCUUGGAAGGAUACACUGGAUUAUUCAAAUAAUACCAUGGAAUCAGCUAUUCAGUAUGAGAAGUUUAUGAAUGAGUUCUUUUUAAAUGUGAAGGAUAUUCUUCGAGCUCCCACUGAUGUGACAGGCCAGUUUCAGAAAUGGGAAAAUCAGGAAGCAGACCUGAACAAAAAUUUUUACGACAAGAAGGCAGCAAUUCAUGAAGCACUGUGUGACAAUAUUGACACUCGCUCUGUCUUAGAAGAAAUGCGUUCGUUAGUCAGUCAGAGUAACUCCUAUAUUGCUGCAAAGAAAUCUUCCAGACAAAUGCCAAACAGACUUCUUUUAGAAAACAUCAGUUCCUAUCUCACUCAAAUGCUAAAGAUUUUUGGUGCCAUAGAAAGUGAUGACGCAAUUGGUUUUCCUGUUGGAGGGAAUAGUCAAAACAUAAAUAUUGAAUCUACAGUGAUGCCAUACCUGCAAGUUCUUUCUGAGUUCAGAGAAGGAGUACGACAGAUUGCCAGAGAGAGGAAAGUAACUGAAGUGCUGCAGUUGAGUGAUGCUCUUCGAGAUGACAUCCUUCCUGAACUUGGUGUUCGAUUUGAAGAUCAUGAAGGACUUCCAACUGUGGUUAAAUUAGUGGAUAAGGACACGUUAUUGAAAGAAAGAGAAGAAAAGAAAAAGGUUGAAGAAGAGAAAAAAAGGAAGAAAGAAGAAGCAGCCAGGAAAAAACAAGAGCAGGAAGCAGCAAAGCUGGCGAAAAUGAAGAUUCCACCGCAUGAAAUGUUUAAAUCAGAACAUGACAAAUAUUCCAUGUUUGAUGAAAACGGAUUUCCCACCCAUGACACAGAAGGCAAAGAACUCAGCAAAGGACAAAUUAAGAAGCUAAAGAAACUUUAUGAAACCCAAGAAAAGCUAUACAAAGAGUAUCUACAAAUGAUUCAGAACGGAAGUGCAAAUUGAAAACAACAGGACUUUUUUUUUUAGAAGGCGAGUGCUGGGUCACCAUUGAAGAAGUGAGCAUAUACCAAUGCUCAAAUUUCUGUUUACACUUUCUACUAUGUGCAAAGUAAAAAUACUGUUUACGUAGAUUAAUAAUGUCAUCUGGAAAGUCAAUAAAAAUCCAUUCUUUAAAAAAGCCAACCUGUAAGAAGUUUCUUCGCAACAACAGUAGCAAGUUGAACGGUUGCCAGUUGGAUUUGGGAAGGUGCUGCUCAGUCAGCAAAUCCACAUAAGGAUUCUUGUUUAUUAUAGCUGUCCAGGCUUUGGUUAAUUUGUCCUGCAUUCUGAUCUCUAUCUAAAGCCCACUGUAGCUUGCAUUCUGGAAUAUGUCACAGUCAGCAAAAUUUACUACUAAAUGGGAGCUGAGUAAUUUGUCCCACAGUAAGAACAGUAUUUUCCAGAUGACUUCAGUAUCUUUAUAUAAGCAGGAAAAACUGGGUAGUUCCACUAUGAUACUUACUCUAGCUGCUGUUACUAAAAACUCUCGUAAGUCUACCCAGAACACUUUGCGUCGUAGAAGCUCAGUCCCUUCGUUGCAAAAGGGAACAGAUCAUCACCUUUGCUCAACGUGCAGUUGCAAUCAAGAGGGUAAGUACAAGGCAGAU